GUGUCAGUCAGAGCGGAUGUUGAGGUAACAGAGAGUGCUAACAGCUAACGACUAGUUAACUGUGUUAAACUCGGUGACUGUGGUCACUCUCUCUCUCUCCCUCUCUCUCUCUCUCUCUCUCUCUCUCACUCACCUGCAGCUCACCUGAGGACGCUUCUGGAAGCUGCUCGUGCACGCGCUCUGUCUCCAUGGCUACGGAAGACUUCUAUGAGGUGGAGAGGAUCGUGGAUCAGAGGAGGAGUAAGAAGGGCAAGGUGGAGUACCUGGUCAGGUGGAGAGGGUACGGGUCAGACGGGGACACCUGGGAGCCUGAGACUCACCUGUCCACCUGUAUGAUCUACGUCCACGACUUUAACCGCCAGCAGGCCGAACGGCAGAGAGACGCCACCUUACUGCGCUCCACCCGCAGCUCGCCCAGCCUGCGCUUCAGCCCCGCCCACAGGCCACUCUGCAGGCCGUUGCUGGCAGCUCGCAGUGACCUCAGCGGGGCUUUAAUGGGAGGCUGUAAACUAGGUGUGGCUCUUUUGCCCUCACCUGGCCUCACCCACCCUGCCUCCAUCUGCUCCCCUCACCCUCUUCAGGCCGGCAGGUUGUGUGGCGGUGUGAUGUCAGCGCCUCCUGCCGGCUCCGCCCGCCGCAGCCUGGACCUUUCCAAGACCGGCAUCAAGAUCCUGGUUCCCAAGAGUCCAAUGAACAGCCGGCUGGACUCGGAGGAGUCGCCCAGUGAGGCGGCUCACAGCCUGGAUGCCAGUGCUCAUGACGCCCACCUGGUCCCACCUGAGGUGGCGCUGCUGGAGAAACCUGCAGGUGUUCACCUGGGGCCCGGACAGGAGAGGGCCCGCAUGGGGACCCGGCCCCGCAGCUUGAAUCCCCCACCACCCCCACGGGUCCCCGUCACACCUGCCGCCAUUCGCUCCCUCGGUGGCACAGGUAACCCCCCGCUGAUGGAGGCUGCCAACGGGAUGUCAUGUGUGCAGAGUGUCGUUACCGGGGCAACCAGUGCAACAGGGAAACGGCGUCUGGAGGAGCGCUCAGCUUUCGACAAACGCCUGAGGUUCAGCGUGCGACAAACGGAGAGCGCGUACCGUUACCGCGACAUCGUGGUGAAGAAACAAGACGGCUUCACUCACAUCCUGCUGUCCACCAAGAGCUCGGAGAACAACACGCUCAACCCUGAGGUGAUGAAGGAGAUCCAGAGCGCCAUGGCAACGGCAGCAUCAGACGACAGUAAGCUGGUGUUACUGGGCGCCGUCGGCACCGUCUUCUGCUGUGGCCUUGACUUCCUGUAUUUCAUCAGACACCUGACAGACGACAGGAAGAAGGAGAGCAUCAAAAUGGCUGAAACAAUCAGGACCUUCAUCAACACCUUCAUCCAGUUCAGGAAGCCCAUCGUGGCGGCGGUGAACGGGCCUGCGAUCGGCCUCGGCGCCGCCCUCCUGCCUCUGUGUGACGUGGUGUGGGCCAAUGAGAAAGCCUGGUUCCAGACGCCGUACACCUCGUACGGCCAGACGCCUGACGCGUGCUCCUCCUUCACCUUCCCUCGCAUCAUGGGCCCCGCCUCGGCUAACGAGCUGCUGCUCAGUGGCAGGAAGUUGACGGCUCAGGAGGCGUGUUCUAAAGGUUUGGUGUCUCAGGUUCUUUGGCCGGGAACCUUUAACCAGGAAGUGAUGCUACGAAUCAAAGAACUGGUGACUGUUGACCUGCUGGUUCUGAGGGAGUCCAAAGCUCUGAUGAGGAACAGCAGCCGCAGUGCUCUGGAGCAAACCAACGAGCGCGAGUGUGAAGCUCUGAAGAGAGUGUGGGGCUCAUCACAGGGGACAGACGCCAUCCUGCAGUACCUGCAGAGGACCACUGAGCUCUGCUAGAACAACACCUGGACCUGGACCUGGACCUGGACCCGGUCCUGGACCUGGACCUGGACCCGGUCCAGGUCCUGUGACUCAGUGGAUUUUAAACUGACACUUGUUGUGACUUUUAACUUAUAAUUUGUGCUCUUAUGUUUGAUUCCACCUCCAUUUAAUCUAAUAGGUGGAGUUUACAGGCCACGCCCCCUGGCCACGCCCCUUGACGUUUCCUGCAGAGACAUUAAUCAGGAAACAUGAAAUGAAUUGUUUAUCAUUGUUAUUAUUUUAUUUACAGAUGAAGUGUAACUCUUUAGCUCCACCUCCAGUCUUUAUGCUAAGCUAGGCUAGACUAACACAGAUGAACUGGAACAUGUGACUCUGAGGUGACUGUACCUUUAAAUACAGGUGACCUCUGACCUUCUCCCAGAAACCUCUGACAAAUUACUAUGUGGACAAUAAACAGGAAGUGGACGAUAAA